GUGUUGGGGGGUUUUGUUGGAGGGGGGCAGCUGGCUUGGCGGGCCUGCGGUCCCACUUUGGAGGUCAUUGAGCCUACGACAGGAAGGAGAAAAGCUGCCUGGACAUUUGGUGCCAUCAUGCACAAUGCUGAUGCCAGGGUAACAAGUGUGGCUGGUGUUGGGCUUGGGACAAUUUCCCAAGUUGCAGUUGGUGUGGACCUUGGUGCAGACCGCAGACCUCAGGGAAUGGUUGCGCUUUUAUCUCUCCACUCAUCACGUGUAACUAGAGUAUUUCAUUUCACUUACAAGGUAACCAGUGUGUGUAUGGUGUCCGGUGGAGAAGUGAGUGUGGAUCCGGGCACCUUAUCAGCAGAGUUGCGUCCAUGGCGAGGUCUGUUGGUCGUUGGAACUGCGCAUGGCACACUUCAUCUAGUUGACUUAGCAUUAGACUUAGGAGGUCAUAAGGUUUUGUCUGAUGAGGUCUCUCCAGGAACUUUGGUGAAUAUAACCAUACCAGAUGGCCAAGCAGAGAGUUCUCGGUUUAGUGCAGUUAUGCAGAAUUGCCAUCCAACUGUGUGUUUAAGUGAUGGCAUGAGUCACAAUGGCCGCUUCCAGCUCAUAGGACCUGAUGACAAUGUGCUCUUUGAGACAGCAAGUCACUGUGUGGUAGUUACUGCCAUGUCCUUCAUCCCGCAGCUUGCCUCCCUUGUUAUAGGAUAUAAUUUUGGGGCUUUCCAGAUAAUCAACCUGUCAACAUUAACCAUAGAUUGUGCGAGUCCCUAUGAAGACAACAUGCCUCCAGUACAUUCUUUUGCCUGCCAAGAACCAGAGAAUGACCCCAAAAAUUUUGUUUACCUUUGGCUCUGUCGGAGUUGGGGUCCAUCUGAUGAUUCUGAAAGUAAGGAUGAAAGGCCUGCUAGGAGGAACAAAGCCCCAGCACUGUGCACCAUGUAUACCAUGACUUACGACAACAAAGUAUGGAUAGAAGGGCAUGGAUUGUGGUAUCAAGGCCUUGCAUCUAUUUCUCCGAGGUUCGAGUUUGAUGCCAUUGGAGGUCUGGGUCUGAAGGGCCAGCCAGCCCAACCCAGCACAGUGUUCACUGCCAUGACAGUGCGGCAGACAACCCACAAUUCAGCUGUGGCACCAGGGGGAUCUUCAGCUGCUUCGGCACUUGCUACUCCUGAUGAAGAUGCUGGACCAGCACCCGAACAAAGCUUGUCAAUGUUUGGGUGGGUAGGAGGCGUCCUGGAGCGGGGUGUAUUACUGUUAAUCACUAUCUGGCCAUCUUCGACAUUAACCAGUGGUAUCAGGCUCAAAUGCCCUCUAAUUUGAAGCUAGAUGAGGCUUUGCUGUGCCCAUACAUGAGUUUCCAUGUGUUGGACAGAGUACCUGCAGGAGCUAAUGAGUUUGUCCUUGGAGCAGCCCCCAAGCCAGCGUCAUGGACAAGACACAUGUCACGCACUUGUAAUGACAGUGACUGGUUCC